CACACCCAAAAAAAACCUCCUCCUUCUUUCAUCAUCAACAACCUCAUCACCGACGCUGACACCACUCUCUCGUCAGCGCCUCACCGAGUCACACAAAAUUUUAAAAAGAAUCUAAACAGAAACGCUGAAAACUCCUCACAUUUCAAGGAGUUCUGUAAAAAGAUUAGAGAGAGAAAAGAAUAGAGCUGUUGCUUGCUGCUGCUGCUGCAUCAUCAUCAUCAUUCAUCAGUGAGAAAGUCUGAAACACACAAAAAAAAAAGAAGAAGUACCAAGUAUGGAUGAUUUCAGAUCCAAAUCCUAUGGUGAUGGAAGGAUGCAGCAGAUUGAGAGAUAUUCUGGGGUGGGACCCACUACUUCAUCUGGGAUUAACAUCAACAGCAGCAGCAACAAUAUGCAGGAUUUCAGGAGCUACAGUACUUCAUAUGCAACCUCAGCGCACCCAGCUGAAACCCAGAACCAAAACGAGUCCAAGUUCAAGAAGGGCAAGUCUACAAAUGCGGCUGUUUCAAAGAGCUGGAGUUUCAAUGAUCCUGAAUUGCAGAGGAAGAAAAGGGUUGCUAGCUAUAAAGUCUAUACUGUUGAAGGCAAAGUCAAAGGGUCUUUCAGAAAGACCUUCAGGUGGCUUAAAAACACGUGCACCAGAGCCGUUAAUGGCUGGUAGUAAGUAAAGUUCUGAGCUUCUUCUGCUUGAUUCCAUUUUUAUGUAAUAAUGUUUUGAUUAAGUGUCUUUCUUUCAAUAUGGUAUUUACUAUUUAGUUCUGGAGGUAUAGGAUUUUAUGAGGAUUGGAAAUGUUGGGAUGUGAUUGUUGGUGAAUAAUUUGGUUUAUGCUUUGUAUAUUUGGGGUACCUGUUGGAAAUGGAAGCCUCUUUCCAAUUGAGUUUA